AGUGAAUCGUUAUAGACAAAAAAUCGUCUUGCUCGAGAACAUCCUCGUGUCGAUAAUCAGCCCCAUUAAAACGUUCCUUUUGUGCUGGUUUUCAUCCAUUAAAAAUGUCGUUCCUGGCGCGUACACUCGCACAAACGUGCUUUCGCAUGGCGUCGGGAGCCGGAUUCCAACAGCGCCUGCUGCACACAAGCCGUUCGUUAGCGGUGGCCCAGGUUCAGCAUCCUGCUCCAGCUUUUAAGGGAACCGCCGUGGUGAAUAGCGAUUUUCGUGAAAUUAAACUGGAGGACUACAAAGGCAAAUACUUGGUGCUGUUCUUCUAUCCACUCGAUUUUACCUUUGUCUGUCCAACGGAAAUUAUUGCAUUUAGUGAUCGCAUUAAUGAGUUUAAGGAGCUGAACACGGAGGUGGUUGGUGUGUCGGUCGAUUCGCAUUUCUCCCAUCUCGCUUGGGUCAAUACACCGCGAAAAGCCGGUGGGCUGGGUAAACUAGAGUACCCAUUGCUGGCCGAUCUAACCAAGCAAAUUUCCGCUGAUUACGGGGUUCUGCUUAAGGAUGGAAUCUCGCUGCGUGGGCUGUUCAUCAUCGAUCCGAGCGGCGUGGUGCGCCAAAUCACCAUUAACGAUCUACCUGUCGGCCGAUCGGUGGAUGAGACAUUGCGGCUGAUUAAGGCUUUCCAGUUCGUGGAGAAACAUGGCGAGGUGUGCCCCGCUAAUUGGGAACCGAAGACGAACGCGGCCACUAUCAAGCCGAAUCCGAAGGAUUCUCGUGAAUAUUUCGAAAAACAUGGCAAGUAGGGUGCCAUCCGAAGGAGUGGUGCUGUGAAGUUAUCUUUUCUAUGACAUUCUAUGUAUAAUAAAAAUAACGGAGACUCGAGAGCCUCUGGCAUU